UCAAAAGCAACCAUAAAUUAAAAAGAAAAGAGCGCUAUAAAACACUGGAGUCCGUAAUUUUCCCCCUUUUUCUUUCGGUCUCUCUAUGCCCCCGAGUGUUGUUGUGCCUUGCUCUCGUAAAUUUUAGCUGAUUUUCUCAAAAUUCCAAGAUAAAUUAUUCAAAUUCAAGCUUCAAAUUAUUGUUUAAUUGAUAAUUUUUGAGCUUAUUAUCAUUCAUUUGUGUUGUAUGCGUGUAAUGAUUUGGAGAAGAAGGCAAAGAGAGAUCUUUAUAUCUCUCGUUAAUAGUUGAUCUCAACUUCCUUUCUUUGCUUGAAGAAUCAAUUCUUAAAUUUCGAGUGAAUAAGUGCGUUCUAGGGUUUUUAUUAGUUCGGGCGAAGAUCUUGGUUAGGGAAACCUGGCUAUGGAAUACUCUGAUAGCAGCGGGACUGAUGACGAUCUCCCUCCAUCACAUCAGAAUAGAGUCCCAAGAGGAGGCCAUCUGGCAGGUAAUGGAAGGCCUGCGGUUGCAGGUUCUGCUCCAUACGCCAGGCCGCCAAAUGAUAUGGAGACUCAGAUCCAUCUCCUUGAGCAAGAAGCCUACAGUUCAGUGUUGCGAGCGUUCAAGGCUCAAUCUGAUGCCAUAACAUGGGAGAAGGAAAGUUUAAUAACAGAGCUUAGAAAAGAAUUGAGAGUAUCGGAUGAGGAGCAUAGAGAACUUCUUGGUAGGGUUAAUGCAGAUGAUAUCAUUCGGAGGAUAAGGGAGUGGAGACAGGCAGGUGGUGCACACCAAGCCGGCUUGCUCAGUACAGCUCAACCUGUUCAUGAUCAAAUACCAAGCCCUACUGUCUCAGCAUCUCGGAAGAAACAGAAGACGACACAGUCAGUGCCUUCUCUAUCCUUAAAUGCACCAUCCCCUGCUCUGCACCCACAAGCAGUCGGGGGUGCAUCAAUGCAGCCGUCUUCUUCUUCUGCAAAACGAGUAGCUGCUGUUGGAGGAGCCAGGGGCAAGAAGCCUAAAUCAAGGCCGUUGCCUGGUGUGCCUGGAAUGAAAUCGAUACCCUACCCUUCUGCUGGUCCAGCCGGAAGGGGUCAAGCUGCUAUUCGUGGGACGCCUGGGGCUCUUGUCGCAAAUGAAACUGCAGAUACGGCAGCUUUAGAGCUAAUUGGACGGAAAGUGCUGACCAGGUGGCCUGAGGAUAACAACUUCUAUGAGGCUGUCAUAACUAAUUACAAUGCCAGUGAGGGACGGCAUGCGCUGGUUUAUGAUAUAAAUUCCAAGGACGAGACAUGGGAAUGGGUGAAUCUCAAAGAGAUUUCCCCUGAGGACAUUCGGUUGGAAGGAGAGGACCCCGGAAUUUCUCGACGAGCUGGUCGUGGUGGUGGGCUAGGUCGUGGGGCUAAGAAGCCGAUGGGUCGCGGUGGUCCUGUUCCAGGUGCAGGGAGAGGGAGGGGAGGUAUAAAAAAUCAGGUCAAGAAAGAAUUCCCACCAUCACAGAAUGGCAUUGGAAAGAAGACUUUGGAUGACAUUGAAAUACUUCAUACAGAGACGCUGGUUAAGGAGGUAGAGAGAGUCUUCGGUGCUAGUCAUCCUGAUCCACAACAAAUGGAGAAGGCGAAAAAAGUGCUAAAAGACCAAGAGCAAGCUUUGAUUGAUGCAAUUGAGAGACUUGCGGAUGCAUCUGAUGGUGAAAGUGAUGAUGAGCAUAGAUUCUCACAUGGGCAAUCAUUAGACCGGGAACGAGGUUGGAGAAAUCGGCCGUAUGGUGGGAACCAGCAUAACAUGGGAUUUGACGAUGAUAUGUUAGAAGGUAGGGGAGAUGGAUCAGACGGUGAUCAGAUGGUUGGGGAGGCUAGAGCAGCUUCCUAUGACCAUCGAGAUGCUGAUGAUCUCUAGUUUCUGGAUUCACCAACAAUUCUUAGUUGGGUUGAAGAAAUCUCACUUCCGUCUAAAAUGCCAUGUUUCUCUGAUCUUUUUGUCCUCUCACAGUAAAAUAGCCCCAUCAUGUGAGCAUUUGAGUAGCUAAAAGUGGUGUAGGUUGGGGUUGAUCUUUACAAUGUUGAUCCAGUAAAAUUUCACUGGGUAAAUCUGCGAUGUGUCCAUGUAAAAUUAUUUAGCCCUUAUGGCCAUGUAAAGCGUAUCUUGGAAGAUGGCCCUUUAGUGUUGUUGCAGGUUCAGGUUAUAGAAUUUUUACUUUUGUUUUCUUUAUAUAAGCUAAAUCUUGUAUUUCUUAAUUUAUCUCAGAUGUAUUAUUGGCUAAAUAUUCUUCUGUUGUUGGUUGGUUUAAUGGCGAUUUCUUGCU